UAUCUUGGUGUAGUUAUAUAAAUCUUAGCUAUUAGCUUUUGUAGCCACAUAGUUCUUUUGUUAUGUCUGUGUACAUUCCUAAUAUAUAUAUUUAUGUUUGUAGCUAGCUGAUUUGUAUACACCCAACAAAAAACUACGUUUGGAAAGUGGACUGGAGAAACGGACACCUGACUGGCCUGGGCGCAGGUGUGAUCUGAACACAGCAAAAGGCAAAACUCAGGUCUUUCCAAUAGUAAACCAAACCUGGAGAUAACUAAUUUGUUGAAGAUUGGUUAGGAACUCAGGCACUCGUAACAGUAAAGGAAACGUAGCGGUGGGUUAUUGUCCAGUACUGAGUUAAUGUUGUUGCAGCUAUGUCAGAAGCUAUCGUCAGCUUCCAGUACCAGCUCAGUGGAGUUAUGGAAACGGUACUUAAAACUGCUGUGCACGAGAUCACUCGGUUGGUGGAGAAUGGCUUCUUGAAGGAAGUAACACGUAGCAAGCAGGAAGAGGACGUCUUGAGGAAGAAGCUGCAGCAGUGGGAACAGAGAUGGAGGGACCAAGAGGAAGAGAGGAGGGGGACGUGUGUGAGAUGUGGAUGUGCGGCAGAGACUACAAAGAAAGUAGAUGGUUUACCCGGAGCUGUGAAUGGUUAUGGUAUCAAACAGGAGGACAUUGUGCAGUCUGAGACACUCAGGUCUGUGCGGGAGGUGCACGUCCAGAAGGUGCACGUCAAAGAGGAGGAUGAUGCACAGGGAGGCUGGGGGGACAUGUUAGCCCUGACAACCCCAUACACAGACACCGCUCAUAGUGAGCCUGACUUGUCAUCACUGUGGACCAGUGAACCUCUACAUCUACCACCUCCCCCAGCACCAUGGACCACUGAGCAGCAGAUUUUACCACCAGCGCCAUGGACCACUGAGCACCAGCCUCUACCCCCAGGGUCGGUGAUACCAGCCCAGGGGACAGAGAGCGCUGUGGGGCCACCAGAGUCUGUGUGUCACCUGAGAAUCCAAAUGAAUCGGGCCUAUCACACUGGAGAGAGGCCUUACCACUGCACAGAUUGUGGGAAAAGAUUUAACGCUAGAACAGACCUGAAAAGACAUGAACGAAUCCAUGCAAGGGACAUCUCCAAGGCAAGACCGAACAAUGGUAUCCGAGCUAAUAAAGAAUAUUCUGCACCAGAUCAUGCUACAAAAAAAACCGGAAGGCUUAUUCCACUAGAAUUAUUAGCAUCUGUGAGACAGGGCUAUACACAGCUUGGGGAGGACCUAAGAUGGCGACUUGGCCCCAAUGACUGCUUCAAGUCUCCGCACAAUGAAGAGGUGACAAAAUCAGUAAUGCAGAUAGUAAAUGAUGGAGGCCAAUACUGGGGUCCUGACAGUCUCAUCAGAAAGGCGUGUAAUAGGGUGUAUGAGUACUGGAAAGCUCAAGGGAAGAUUGAGAUGGAGGGCAACGUGGAGCUGAUCAAGAAGAGGAAAAUCCUUACCAGCAGGAGGAACAGGCUCUUCCAGAAGAGAGUGAAGGUGGGAGGGAAGUUCCUCACCCCGGAAGACCUAGACUUCCUAGUUGGAGCUGACCCCAACUUCAUGUCUGACGAGGAGAGUGACGUGGAAGAUGACGGCCUCUAUCAAGUGCUCCCUCCCAGGUGGCGCUGCAUGAGGCUGACCCGUAUCGUCAGGCUCUGCCAGAAAGCCCUGGAUGAGAAUCGCCUUGUGGGCGUUGAGCCGAAGUCGACUCGCUCAAGGAAAUUACAGUGGGGUAGAUUUACCUCUCGCCAUCCACCAAAAGGACAGUCUAAACAAGUCUAUGUGAAUAAAAAUAAAGAAUAAGCUUCACUGUAAUUGGUUAUUACUUAAUAAAAUAGUUGCUCAACAAU